AUGUCUGCUCCACACGGGCCCCGGGGCGGCCCUGGCCCUGGUCCCGCUGCCGCUGCUGCCUCAGCGGCAGGCGCCAUGCCGGAGAUGCCGGACCUCAGCCACCUCACGGAGGAGGAGAGGAAGAUCAUCCUCGGCGUCAUAGACCGACAGAAGAAGGAGGAAGCGAAGGAACAGUCAAUGUUAAAGAUCAAAGAAGAACCAAAGCCUCAGCCAGCUCAGUGGUUUCCCUUUAGUGGAAUUACUGAGCUGGUAAAUAAUGUUCUUCAGCCCCAGCAAAAGCCCCAAAAUGACAAGGAGCCAGAGCAAGAUCCGAAAUUGCACCAGCAGUUUGAGUCCUAUAAGGACCAGGUCAAGAAGAUGGGUGAGGAGACGAAGCAGGGUCAGGACCAGAAAAGUGAAGCCCCGAUUUGUGGGAUCUGCCACAAAACCAAGUUUGCCGACGGCUGUGGCCACCUCUGUUCAUAUUGCCAAACUAAAUUCUGUGCUCGGUGCGGAGGACGUGUGUCUCUGCGGUCAAAUAAGGAGGACAAAGUGGUUAUGUGGGUAUGCAACUUGUGCCGAAAACAACAAGAAAUCCUCACUAAAUCAGGGGCGUGGUUCUACGGCUCGGGCCCAGUAUACGAGGGUGGACCACAGGGGAAGAAGGCAAAGCUACAGGAGCCCGGAGGACCAGACAGAGGCAGACCUUACAGACAGGCCUCUCUGGACAACGGGACUGGAUUGAGGUACCCAGGACCUGGAGACUCACCCCUCGACAGAAAACGAAGCCCAUCUGCAUCCAGGGAUCCAAACCAAAAAUACGACCAAAGGGAGGGGGACCACUCGCAGUAUGCCCCGGCGGACGGCGGCAUGCCCAGAUCACCGUCCGACUAUGGGGAUGGGGUCCCUCGGCGCGGGCGGGGCUCACACUUGUACCCAGAUGUGGAUGCAGCUCGGAUGGGCUACCGGGACCGAAGGGGGCCGGCCCGCUGGCACUCGCAGGAGUACCCUCUGGACCAGGACCUAGAUGGCCCUCCCAGUGAGUACGAGCUGCAGAGGCAGCGGCAGGAGGAGUACCAAACACGCUACCGCAGUGACCCCAACCUGGCCCGUUACCCUGUCAAACCCCAGCCGUAUGAGGAGCAAAUGAGGAUGCACGCGGAGGUGGGGCGGAUGAGACAUGAGCGUCGCCAUAGUGACGUUUCACUGGCCUACACAGAACAAGAUGAACCUGGACCCAUUCGGCUGUCCCGUCAGCAUCUCACUGAGCGCCGGCCGCCCAUGAUGGGACAGCGAUCCUACUCAGUGGAUCGCUCAUCCCCAGGACCCAUGGGUCCCGGUCUUGGGGGUCACAGCCCCCCCACCCCUCAUCGCAGCCCUAUACUGGGAGACCGGUCUGGGGACCUGCGGAGAGGGGACCUGAGUGACCCUAUGAGGAGGCACCACCUGGACCCCAGCUCUGCAGUCAGAAAAACCAAGAGGGAGAAGAUGGAGAGUAUGUUAAGGAACGAUUCACUGAGCUCAGACCAGUCCGAGUCAGUACGACCUCCUCCUCCAAAGCCUCACAAAACAAAAAAAGGUGGUAAGAUGAGGCAGGUGUCUCUGAGCAGCUCUGAGGAGGAGCUGGCCACCACCCCAGAGUACACUAGCUGUGAGGAUGUGGAGAUUGAGAGUGAGUCCGUCAGCGAGAAAGGGGACAGUCAAAGGGGAAAAAGACAAACUAUUGAGCAGGCAUUUAUGUCCGAGCCAACACACAACUUAUCUGAGAGGCAAAAGAAAAUGGUGCGCUUUGGGGGACAUUCAUUUGAAGAGGACUUGUCUUGGUGUGAGCCACAGGUUAAGGACUCUGGAGUUGAUACGUGCAGUAGCACUACGCUAAACGAGGAGCAUAGCCAUAGUGAGAAGCACCCGGUGACAUGGCAGACAUCCAAAGAUGGAGAUCGGCUAAUAGGGCGGAUCUUGCUCAAUAAGCGCAUGAAAGAUGGAAGUGUGCCUCGAGACUCAGGAGCUCUGCUUGGUCUAAAGGUGGUCGGUGGAAAAAUGACAGAAUCUGGUAGGCUUUGUGCUUUCAUCACAAAAGUGAGGAAAGGAAGCUUAGCAGAUACUGUUGGACACCUACGACCAGGUGAUCAGGUGUUGGAGUGGAAUGGGAAGCUUUUACAAGGAGCCACAUUUAAAGAAGUUUACAAUAUAAUUUUAGAAUCUAAACCAGAGCCACAGGUGGAGCUUGUGGUCUCACGGCCUAUAGGAGAUAUUCCAAGGAUACCAGACAGCACACAUGCACAACUGGAAUCAAGUUCAAGUUCUUUUGAGUCUCAGAAGAUGGAUCGGCCGUCCAUCUCUGUCACCUCCCCCAUGAGUCCCAGCAUGCUGCGGGAUGCCCCCCAGUACCUGUCAGGACAGCUCUCAAGCCAAAGCCUUAGUAGAAGAACACCGCCUUUUGCCCCUAGGGUCCAGGUCAAAUUGUGGUAUGACAAAGUGGGCCAUCAGCUCAUCGUCACCAUCCUGGGCGCCAAAGACCUACCCCCCAGGGAAGAUGGCCGGCCCAGAAACCCCUACGUCAAAAUCUAUUUCCUACCCGACAGAAGUGACAAAAGCAAGAGGAGGACAAAAACAGUAAAGAAAUCCUUAGAGCCCAAAUGGAACCAAACCUUCAUGUAUUCUCCGGUCCAUCGACGGGAAUUUCGGGAACGCAUGUUGGAAAUUACGUUGUGGGACCAAGCCAGGGUGAGGGAGGAGGAGAGUGAAUUUCUAGGAGAGAUUCUCAUAGAGCUGGAGACGGCUCUUUUAGAUGAUGAGCCACAUUGGUACAAACUGCAGACCCACGACGUGUCCUCCAUUCCACUCCCACGCUCCUCCCCCAACACGCAGCGCAGGCAGCUCCACGGAGAGAGCCCUACGCGCCGGUUACAAAGAUCCCAAAGGAUAAGUGACAGUGAGAUCUCAGACUAUGAUUGUGAGGAUGGGGUUGGCGUCAUAACAGACUACCGUCCAAAUGGCAGAGAUUUCCAAAGCUCCACAUUGUCUGUCCCUGAGCAGGUGAUGUCAUCUAACCACUGCUCACGGUCGGCAGACAUCAACAGGGCGCGCUCUCGCUCUCCUAGUGUCCCUCCACCAUCGAGCCGCAACCAUCGCGUGUACCCUAUCUGCAGAGAGGAGGCAGUCAGGUUACUGCGUUCCACUAGGAUGUCCCGAGCCUACUCUGAGGGUGCCUACUCCUCCGACUAUGACUUUGAGAGGAACCAUGGAGCCAUGGAUAGGCACGAGUAUCACAUCAGGUCCCGCUCUGCAGACCAGCGGCCCACUAUAGAGCGGCCCUCGCCCCGCUCACGCUCCACUGAACGCCCCCACGACUCUUCGCUCAUGAGGUCCAUGCCGUCUCUGCCAUCUGGGAGGUCUGCUCCUCCCUCACCUGCCUUGACGAGGGCUCAUCCUCGCAGCGGCUCAGUCCAGACCAGUCCUACGGGUACGCCAAUGUCCAGUAGAAGAGGUCGGCAACUUCCGCAACUUCCACCGUCGGGCAAAGACAGAAAAGAUGGAGACGAAGGGAUAGAGCCUUGUGAAGAAGACACGGACUCACCAGGUUGGACCAGCUCAGGUUUGGACAUGGAGGAGCGCACCAGGCAGAUGAAAAUGAAGAUGAACAAGUACAAACAGGGAGCUGGCUCUGACUCACGGCUGGAGCAAGAUUAUCACAAGCAGAGGUCAGGCAGAGAUCCACGGGGUUCAGAUAACUUGUCGGCCAAAUCUUCGGACAGCGAUGUGAGCGACGUGUCCGCUGUGUCGAGAACCAGUAGUGCCUCUCGGUUCAGCAGCACGAGCUACAUCUCUGUCCAAUCAGAACGGCCGCAAGGAAACCGCAAAAUCCGUGACUUUGCAUCCAAAAUGAAAAACAGGCAGAUGGGCUCGUCCGGAGGGAUGAACAUGACCAAGAGCACAAGUAUCAGCGGUGAUAUGUGUAACCUGGAGAAGACGGACGGAAGCCAGUCAGACACAGCAGUUGGUACGGUAGGCACUGACGAAAAGAAGAGGCGCUCCAGUAUUGGUGCCAAAAUGCAGGCCAUGGUUGGCAUGUCACGCAAGAGCCGGAGCACCUCUCAACUCAGCCAAACAGAAGCUGGAGGGAAGAAGUUGCGUAGCACCAUCCAGAGGAGCACAGAGACAGGGCUGGCAGUGGAGAUGAGGAGUCGCAUGACCAGGCAAGCCAGUCGGGAGUCCACAGACGGCAGCAUGAACAGCUACAGCUCAGAGGGAAACCUCAUCUUUCCUGGAGUGAGGCUCUCAUCAGACGCACAGUUCAGUGAUUUUCUGGAUGGUCUCGGUCCUGCCCAGCUGGUUGGACGACAGACACUGGCCACUCCUCCAAUGGGUGACAUACAGAUCGGCAUGGUGGAGAAGAAAGGAGCGCUGGAGGUGGAGGUAAUUCGUGCUCGUGGCCUUGUGGGAAAACCAGGUUCCAAGGCACUGCCAGCCCCAUAUGUAAAGGUUUACCUUUUGGAAAAUGGGGUUUGCAUAGCCAAAAAGAAAACAAAAGUAGCAAGAAAAACCUUGGAUCCUCUAUACCAGCAGCAACUGCCGUUUGAGGAGAGUCCAGGAGGGAAAGUUUUACAGGUCAUUGUAUGGGGCGACUACGGACGUAUGGACCAUAAAUCCUUCAUGGGUGCAGUUCAGAUACUGUUAGACGAGCUGGACCUGUCAAACAUGGUGAUUGGCUGGUUCAAGCUCUUUCCUCCUUCCUCACUGGUGGACCCCACUCUGGCCCCACUGACACGAAGAGCUUCCCAAUCGUCUCUGGACAGUUUCUCUCGGUCAUAGCAGCGCGUGGACUGAUAGCGUUGUUGUAGCAGCCAGUGUUGCGAUACA